AUGCCGAGCCCUCCUCCCGCCCUUCCUCCUCCUCCUUCUCCUCCUCCCGCCGGCGGCAUGCGCCCGGCCUUCCUCUUCCUCCUCCUCCUCCUCGCCCUGCCCGCUCGCGGCCGGAGGGAGCGGCUGCCCGGCGGGGGACACUCCGCGCCUUCCUCCUCCUCGUCCUCCUCUCCCUCUUCCCUGACGGCGGCGGGCCCGGGCCGACGGCGGGGCCGGCUGUACUGCCGGGUGGGCAUCGGCUUCCACCUGCAGCUGCACCCCGACGGCCGCGUGGACGGCGCGCACGCCGCCAGCCCGCUCAGCGUUCUGGAAAUCUUUGCUGUCUCUCAGGGGAUCGUUGGAAUCCGAGGAGUUUUCAGCAACAAAUUUCUAGCUAUGUCAAAGAAAGGAAAACUCCACGCAAGUGCUCGCUUCACUGCUGAGUGCCAGUUCCGUGAGCGCUUCCAGGAGAACAGCUACAACACCUAUGCCUCGGCCGUGCACCGUGGGCAGCGCUCCGGCCGCCAGUGGUACGUGGCCCUCAACAAGCGGGGCAAGGCCAAGAGGGGUUGCAGCCCUCGUGCCCGUCCCCAGCAUGUCUCCACACACUUCUUGCCCCGCUUCCGGCAGCCCCCUCCAUCCCAGCUGGCUUUCACCGUCGCCCGCCCUGAGAAGAAGCCACCACCCCCACCACCACCGCCGCCCAAGAAGAUGGCCACGUCACGGCACAGCCCCGGUCCUGGCCGCUACCGGCUGAAGUUCCGCUUUGGGUAG